AUAUUGUGUGAAUGGAUGUCUUCUUUAUCCAUUAUUGAUAUAGUAUCAAAACAUUUCAGACAUGGAGCUGAAGAAGUGCACAAUGAUGAACCAGGACCAAGGAGGCAGACUGCUCCAACAUUUACUGGUGCAGGGUAUAGACUUGGAGAUACUGAAGGUGGACCAUCACAGCAAGUUGCUGGUACAUCACAACCUGCUAAUGAACAACACAAUACAAGAUUAGGCAUUGAUCAAGCCUAUGUUUAUGUUUGUAGAGAAAUACCAAAGGAGUUGUACCGUCUUUCACGUGGUGGUGAAGUUCAUGUCAACAUCGAAGAUCACCGUCAGGAGGAGUACACUCCACCCAAGAAAAAGAAAAUUAUUGCAUUUGUGGGYAAAGGACAGAAACUUGGAAGUCCUACUCCUACAGUGAAAUUCAGUGAUGAAAAGAAAGGAGCCUCGUCGUCGUCUGAUGUUGCAACUGUUAACUUUGAUCAAUCCAAGCCAUCAACAAGCAUUCAAAUACGCCUAGCAGAUGGAACAAGGUGAUAUUGCUGACAUAAACAAAAAUUUCAUCAAUACAAAUUUGUCGCCUUAUAUAUAUAAGGUAUAAGGACUGAUAAAUAUAAUAACCCUGUUCACACAAAUUUAGAGAUUUUAUAACACGUACCCCCUAUACAAUUGUCACCGUUAUGUAUUCCCUCUCUGUGUUGAAUAGUGUCCCCUCCUAUUAGAAUAUUUUUGUACAUAAUGACAUCWCAGCAUGUAAUGCUCUGUUGAAUUAUCCUUUAUCCGAGCUAUCUGGGAUCAUAUCUUAUACAUGUAGACGGACGUUCGUAUAAGCAAUUAGUCCAGUCYCACACCCUUUUUAGCCCUCUCCGUUGAACUGUUGUUUUGCCGCGGCUAAAAGGGUCCAGAAGAACUUGCAUGCGCUGCAUCAUCCAGAAACAGCCAGGAAUUCAAGGCAUUAUUACCAACCUCAACAUGUAAAAACCAUUGUGAGCUAGUAAUUUUAAAAUAACAAUUACGAUUUUUAAAUGUGGUGUAUUUGACAUGUUUCGGCGUUACUUACGCCAUCAUCAGAAUGAAUACAAAGUAAGCUAAUUUAAAACUUUGAAGGAGUCGCUUAAAAAUGGUUUCAUGGCAUUAAAUUUAUCAUAGGCAAUGUAGGGAAUAAUCAUAUUCCCAGUUGGCGUUCAUGAAUACACUUUUGAGCGGCUCUUUCAAUGUUCGCAUAUAUAAUGAAGCCUCUCUUGACGUCACAUCAUUAGCAUUUUCAAUUUUCAAAUGCCUUUAACUCAGAAAAUAAAAUUCAAAAAACUUG